AUGUCAUCAGAGAGAGAAGGGCAGGAUGAAUCAUCAACGUGGAUUCUUGAGAGCAUUGAGAUUGAUCCUAUUGUGGAGAAGCCAAAAAAUGAAGGACCCCCAGAUGAAAGCGUGGUGCUAAAAUCUCCCAAUGAGGGUGCUAUGAAUAGCAAUGUGAGAAGCAGGAAUUAUGAGAAUGGAAGCAAGAUGGUGAGGAUGGAAUCAGGAGCAGCCAGAGGGCUUAAGGGUUUACGGUUUCUUGAUAGAACGGUCACAGGAAAGGAAGAUGAUGCAUGGAAGUCUAUUGAGAAGCGCUUUGCUCAACAUGCAGUUGAUGGGAAGCUCUCAAAAGACAAAUUCGGAACCUGCAUGGGCAUGGGGGCAGACUCAAAGGAUUUUGCUGGGGAGCUUUAUGAGGCUUUGGCAAGGAGAAGGAAAUUCUAUGCAGAAAAUGGGAUAACUUUGGAAGAAGUUAGAGUAUUCUGGGAGGACAUGACUAACAAAGAUCUUGAAUCUAGACUUCAAGUGUUCUUUGACAUGUGUGACAAGAAUGGGGAUGGUAGGCUAUCAGAAGAAGAGGUUAAGGAGGUUAUAGUGUUGAGUGCCUCGGCAAAUAAGCUAGGAAAUCUCAAACAGCAUGCUGCUGGAUAUGCAUCUUUGAUCAUGGAAGAGCUUGAUCCUGAUCAUCAUGGAUAUAUAGAGAUGUGGCAGCUAGAAACUCUGCUAAGGGAAAUGGUUGCUGAAGAAUAUAGCACACUUAAUACUGGAGCCAUGAAUUUGACUAGAGCUAUGAUACCAAGAAUGUAUAGAACUCCUACAAGCAAAUUUGUCUCUAGAGCCGCAGAAUUUGCCCAUGAGAAAUGGAAAAAAAUAUGGGUUAUCACACUUUGGUUGGCCAUAAACUUGGGGCUCUAUGUUUGGAAGUUUCGCCAAUACCGGGAAAAAGAAGCAUUUGAAGUCAUGGGUUACUGUGUCUGCUUUGCAAAGGGUGCUGCUGAGACUCUCAAAUUCAACAUGGCUCUUAUUAUCCUAACCAUGUGUAGAAGAACACUCACAGAACUAAGAGCAUCAUUUCUUAAUAGAAUCAUCCCUUUCGAUGACAACAUAAACUUCCACAAGACCAUUGCAGUAGCUGUAGUUUUAGGGACUUUUAUUCAUGUAAUAAUGCACAUCACUUGUGAUUUUCCAAGAAUCAUAUCGUGCCCAAAACACAAGUUCAUUACGAUACUUGGGUCAGGUUUUAACAAUGAGCAGCCAAAUUACCUGACCCUAGUUAAGAGUACUCCUGGUUUAACUGGAAUCUUUAUGGUCUUGAUUAUGGCCUUCACUUUCACUUUAGCAACACAUUAUUUCAGAAAAAGUGUUGUCAAGUUACCUUCCCCUUUGCAUCGUUUGGCUGGUUUCAAUGCCUUUUGGUAUGCACAUCAUUUACUUAUUGUGGUUUACAUACUCCUGGUCAUACAUGGCUACUUUCUAUUCCUCACCAAGGACUGGCGCAAGAAAACGACUUGGAUGUACCUUGUAGUUCCACUAUUACUUUAUACUUUUGAGAGGAUUCAUCCAUUUUUUAGGGGUAAAGAUCACCGUGUCAGCAUCAUUAAGGCAAUAAUAUACACAGGAAACGUUCUAGCACUCUACAUGACCAAACCUCAUGGAUUCAAGUAUAAAAGUGGAAUGUAUAUUUUUGUCAAGUGUCCAGAUAUAUCUAGUUUUGAAUGGCAUCCUUUUUCUAUCACCUCUGCACCUGGAGAUGACUACUUGAGUGUCCAUAUAAGAACCUUGGGAGAUUGGACUACAGAGCUUAAAAACAAAUUUGCAAAGGUGAUGUUAAUGUUUGAAUAGUGAACUCCAAGCUACGCAUUUAAUUAGAAAAAGGAAAUGCAGGAUUGUGAGCCCGAGAGUGCACAAGCAAGAAGGGGAACCCUUGUGAGGCUGGAAACCAGAGCAAGUUCAAGCUAUGUCGACCAUUCAAAAACUAGCAUUAGAUAUCCAAAGAUCCUCAUCAAAGGACCCUAUGGAGCCCCGGCACAAAAUUAUAAGAAUUAUGAUGUCCUCUUGCUCAUAGGUCUAGGAAUUGGAGCCACGCCAAUGAUCAGUAUUCUCAAAGAUCUCUUGAACCACAUGAAGUCAGAAAGUCCUCGGGAAGGAAGUGACAAGGGAACUUAUGUGCGGGACUCCUUCCGUAGCAAUUACUCAGAUGAAAAUAAGAAAGGUCCUGAAAGAGCAUAUUUUUACUGGGUAACAAGAGAGCAGGCUUCAUUUGAAUGGUUUAAAGGUGUCAUGGAUGAUAUUGCAGAUUAUGACCAUGAUGGCAUUAUAGAAAUGCACAACUAUUUGACUAGUGUCUAUGAAGAAGGUGAUGCACGGUCUGCGCUUAUUGCCAUGAUUCAGAAGCUGCAACAUGCUAAAAAUGGACUUGAUGUAGUUUCAGAAAGCCGGAUACGAACUCAUUUUGCAAGACCCAAUUGGAAAAAGGUCUUCUCUCAAUUAGCAAGCACACAUCAAAAUUCUCGGAUAGGUGUAUUCUACUGUGGAAGUCCUACUCUUACAAAACCAUUGAAGAGCCUUUGUCAAGAGUUCAGCCUAAACUCAUCAACCCGCUUUCAAUUUCACAAGGAAAAUUUCUAA